AUGAAGCAUAACAACAGACUUCCAAACGGCCAUUUCCAUAAGGAUUGGCAGUUACGUGUUAAAACUUGGUUUGAUCAGCCUGGUCGUAAAAAGAGAAGAAGAAUUAACCGUAUUCAAAAAGCUACUCGAAUUGCUCCAAGACCUAUUGAACUUUUAAGACCUGCAGUUAGAUGUCCAACUCUUAAAUAUAAUACUAAACUAAGAGCUGGUCGUGGAUUUACUCUUGAUGAGCUCAAGGCAGCUGGAAUUCGCCGUAAGGAAGCACUUACUAUUGGCAUUCCUGUUGAUCACCGACGUAAAAAUCGAUCCGAAGAAUCUCUUCAACUUAAUGUUGAAAGAUUGAAGAAUUAUAUGAGUAAACUUAUUAUUUUCCCCAAAAAACCUCGUAAACAAAAAGGUGAACAAAAGGAUGAACAAAAAAUUGAAAAUAAAAAGAAAGAAUAUGAGGAAAAGAAGGCUGAGUUCGCCACUGCGACACAACAUAAAGGACCCGUUAUUCCCAUCCUACAAGCAUUGCCUGAAGAAGAGGCAUGUGCCAUUACUGAUGAAGAUAGAGCAGCUAAUGCAUAUAUCACAUUGCGUAAAGCGAAAUCUGAUGCUCGUUAUGCUGGUGUACGUGAAGCUCGCCGUAAAUUAAAAGAAGAGGAGGAAGCUGCUAAGAAGAAGUAA